AUGGAUAACAAAACCUUCGUUUCAGAUUCUCUGAUCCGCCUGACGGGCGCGUCAGACCCGAUUUCUGUGGACUUUGUGCUUGCUGAAGCUGGCUCAGCCAAAUCAGCGUCCUCCCUCCAAGAUAAAUUGCUUUCCUUCCUCGAUGGCAGCCCCGAUGAGAUUGGCGCAUUCUGCAAACAGCUGUUUUCACGCGCGGGGAAAGCACCACCUCCCACUACCUCGACCGCCCAUGGUACAGCAAGCAAGGCAUCUACAAAGAAGAAAUACAGCAUGGUGGAUAUGGGCGAAGACCUUGAACCCGAGCCGGGCCUGGGUCCUGUCAAUGUCGAAGCUGAGCGCGACCGACGAAGACGCCGAGAGAAAGAGAGCGAUAGAGAUCGAGGGAGAAGCAAGAGGGAAUCUGAGUCCCACAGUCGACGGGAGAUAGAUGACACUCGGAAACGAGACCGCAGCCGCGAUGCCGAGAGUCGCGACCGCCCUCGAUCGAAGAAGGUGCGGAGGAAGGAUUCGGACUUUGACGACAGAUGGGGCGACGAGGAGAUUCCAGAGGAUGAAAUCCACUCUGAUGCAGGUCCAGACGAGUUUGCAGAGUCGCCCUCAAAACGUACAAGGCUCGCUGAUGGAUCCGCUUCCCCACGCUCUGCAUCACCAGCCGACGACAUUGAUCCGCAGACCAAAGAAGAGAUUGAUCGCCAGCGCGAUCUCCGCGAAAGAGACGAAUUCGCCAAGCGAUUAGCCGAGAAAGACAAUAGCAAGUCAAAGAAGAUCGUGGAGGACCGGACUCGGGAUGGCGAAGCUGCACGGCGUCGUGCACUAGCCGACGACGCUGAUGCUCGGGCGGCUGUGAUGCCUGACUUGCGCCUUCGUUCCCGCCAAGAAUACCUGAAAAAGCGCGAAACGGAGCGACUGGCACUGCUGCGACGUCAGGUUGCUGAAGAGGCUGCUGAACUGCGCGAGAACCCCAAUCUUACUCGUCGCGAGAAGGAAGAGUUUGCGCGCAACAGGGAGGUUUUACGUAUUGCUGAAGAACGGCUACGGAUUGAUGACCACCGCGAUGGCUACAUGAUGCCGGAUGAUUAUAUCACGGAGAAAGGAAAGAUUGAUCGCAAGAAGAAAGAGGAUGCACUCUAUAAGCGAUACGUCGAGCGCGAUGAGACAGGCCAAGAGAAAUUCGUUACGGAGCACGAAGAAUGGGAGCUUGAACAAUCGGCCAAGGCCAAGGCCCAGAUCAACAAGGCCGAAUUCGUCGACGAAGGAGACUAUGAGUAUGUCUUUGAUGAUUCACAGCAGAUCAAUUUUGUCAUGGAUGCCAAGCUCGAGGGGUCAGAGAAGCCAUUGACCCAGGAACAACGUCGAUUUAAGGAGGAAAUCGAUGCGGCAGAGAAGAAGGCUCUAACUAUGGAGGAGACACGGAAGAGUUUGCCCAUCUACCAGUUCCGCGACCAGAUCAUUCAAGCCGUGCAUGACCACCAAGUUUUGAUCAUUGUCGGUGAAACUGGUUCUGGAAAGACAACACAAAUUCCACAGUAUCUUCACGAGGCCGGGUACACGAAAGGUGGCUUGAAGAUUGGUUGUACCCAACCUCGUCGCGUGGCAGCCAUGAGCGUUGCUGCUCGUGUAGCGGAGGAAAUGGGAUCGAAGAUUGGAAAUGAGGUCGGUUACGCCAUCCGUUUUGAGGACAACACUAGCGACAAGACCAUUCUCAAGUACAUGACCGAUGGAAUGCUUUUGCGAGAACUGUUGACGGAGCCGGAUCUGAGUCAGUAUUCCGCAUUGAUGAUUGAUGAGGCCCACGAGCGGACCGUGCCAACGGAUAUCGCCUGCGGUCUUCUCAAGGAUAUUGCUAAAGCUCGACCCGACUUGAAACUUCUUAUCUCUUCUGCGACAAUGGACGCACAAAAAUUCCAAAAGUACUUUGAUGAUGCUCCUAUUUUCAACAUUCCUGGCCGCCGAUACCCCGUUGAUGUGCAUUACACCUCGCAGCCAGAGGCCAACUAUUUAGCGGCCGCUAUCACCACGGUCUUCCAGAUCCACGUUACGCAAGGGGCCGGUGAUAUCUUGGUAUUCUUGACUGGUCAGGAGGAGAUUGACGCCGCUGAACAGAGUCUCACGGAGACAGCUCGAAAAUUGGGCAGUAAAAUCCCAGAAAUGAUUAUCUGUCCCAUUUACGCCAAUUUGCCGUCCGAGCUGCAGAGUAAAAUCUUCGAGCCCACGCCGCCCAAGGCGCGCAAGGUGGUUCUGGCAACGAACAUUGCAGAGACUAGUUUGACCAUCGAUGGUAUCGUUUACGUGAUCGACCCUGGCUUUGUCAAGGAGAAUGUGUUCAAUCCGCGAACCGGCAUGGAGAGUUUGGUAGUAACACCGUGCUCUCGGGCUUCAGCAAACCAGCGAGCUGGUCGAGCUGGUCGAGUUGGUCCUGGUAAAUGCUUCCGACUUUACACCAAGUGGGCAUACUACAAUGAGUUGGAAGAAAACACCACGCCGGAGAUCCAGCGCACAAACCUCAAUGGAGUAAUUUUGAUGCUAAAAUCAUUGGGUAUUGAUCAACUUCUUGACUUCGACUUUAUGGAUCCUCCACCCGCGGAGACCAUUAUUCGAGCCUUGGAGCAAUUAUAUGCCCUCGGAGCCCUCAACGACCGUGGAGACCUGACCAAGGUUGGCCGGCAGAUGGCCGAAUUCCCGACGGACCCUAUGCUGGCAAAGGCGAUCCUCGCGGCAGGCCAGUAUGGUUGCGUGGAAGAGGUGCUCUCGAUUGUGUCAAUGCUGAGCGAGGCCAGCGCCCUGUUCUUCCGUCCGAAAGACAAGAAGAUCCAUGCCGACAGUGCGCGCAACAGAUUCACUAUCAAGGACGGUGGUGACCACCUCACGCUGCUCAACAUCUGGAACCAAUGGGUGGACUCGGACUUCAGUCAGGUAUGGGCCAAGGAGAACUUCCUCCAGCAGCGCAGUCUCACCCGGGCACGCGACGUUCGUGAUCAGCUCGCCAAGUUGUGUGAUCGAGUGGAAGUGACGGUCAGCACCUGCGGUUCCGCCAACAUAUUGCCGAUCCAAAAGGCUAUUACGUCCGGUUUCUUCCCCAAUGCCGCACGCUUACAGCGUGGAGGUGACAGCUACCGCACGAUCAAGAACGGACAAUCCGUAUACCUACAUCCAUCCAGCACGCUGUUCGAGGUCAACCCACGGUGGGUGAUCUACUUUGAACUGGUGCUUACCAGCAAGGAGUACAUGCGCAGCAACAUGCCCCUACAGGCAGAGUGGCUGGUGGAAGUGGCACCACAUUACUACAAAAAGAAGGAUUUGGAGUCACUAGGAUUAGAUCGCAAAGUACCCAAAGGAACUGGAGCGGCUGGAGAGAAGAGCAGGACAUGA